AGGGGCAUUUGAGUAAUUUACUCGUGUGGCAUAGCCAAAUUCAAAACAAAGAAUUAAGCAGCAACAAGUAUUUGAAUUCUUCUCAUGUGAAUCAUAUUAUCUCAGUUCUUCUCCUCUUCUCACUGACGACUCACUCGCCUCACCCUAACGUCUGUAUUAUCUCGUCCUUGUUGUUAGAUAAGCUAAGCUGCAGGAACCAAGCCAUGGCCUCCAAGCUGCUUUUGCAGAGAAGGCUCUUCAGGUUCUUGCGACAGUCACAAGAAUCCUUAUACUCCUUUUCUUCUUCAUCUUCCAUUCAACGAUCCUCGUUCCAUUCUGCGAAACAAACAGAAAUAUUGGGUUUCUCAACUUCUUCUAGAAGCUUCUGCUCUCGAAAGUCCAGUCUUGUUGAUGAAUCUAAUGCCCCCGCACCUAUUGAUUACACUUCUCUACUGCAGGAGGGUGAAUUCCAUAGACUGGCCGAGUCCACAAUACAUAGCCUUCAAGAGAAAUUUGAGGACUAUGGAGACUUUAUCGACCUUGAUGGAUUUGACAUAGACUAUGCGAAUGAUGUUUUGACUGUCAAACUUGGGGAGUUGGGCACCUAUGUAUUGAACAAACAAACACCAAACAGACAACUUUGGCUUUCUUCACCAGUGAGUGGUCCGUCUAGGUUUGAUUGGGAUCAGGUUACUAAAGUUUGGAUAUAUAGGCGGAAUAAAGCAAAUUUAUGCAAAAUCUUAGAAGAUGAGUUGGAGCAGUUGUGUGGCAAACCUAUUGUUCUUUCCUAAGCUGUUGAGAAUGUGGUACUUAAUCUUGAUUUAAAAUUUAAAAAUGGGAAAUCAUUGGACAUUGUUGAUGAUCCUUUGGCAUUCAGGUGUACUCAGUAAGCAGAUUUUGUUCCUUUGCCACCUCUUACUCUAUAAACUAUACCAGUUCUUUCACAGUCAUGACGUGAUUGUAUCUUCUGAAUAAUCAGCUCUAUAUAGAACUCAUGUGGUUGACAUUAGUUUACUCUUCUGAAGAAUUACAAUUGUAAUGGGCAUUAUUGUUGGUUA